AUGGCCGCUACCGCGAUAUCGGGGGCUGCCUUUGGCGCUGCCAUGAUGGCCGCGGGCUUCCACCAGCCUUCCGUGGUGAUUUCGCAGUUGAGGUUUGAGAAUUGGCACAUGUUUCAGACCUUUCUGGCUGCUACGGCCACCAGCGCGGCGAUAUAUGCCGUUGCUGAGCGCCUGGGCUACGCAAAGAUUUCGCCGCGGAACUCGUCUCCCCUAGGCCUCUUCUCCAGCUACGACGGCAACAUUAUAGGCGGCGGCCUCCUGGGCGCGGGCAUGGCCCUGUCGGGCUCGUGUCCCGGCACGCUCUACGCACAACUGGCGGCGGGCGUUCGAUCGGGCUUCCACGCCUUGGACGGCGCCAUCAUUGGGGGGGUGCUCUGGUCCGGGCUGGUGAGCAAGCUGGUCAAGAGGCGGCGGGAGAAGAUGGGUGCGAAGCCGGAGCCAGCCGUCGUCGGUGAGCAGCUGGGCCUGUCCAACGGCACCACGCUCCUGCUGCUCGAGGCCGUCUGCGUGGCCGUCGUCGCUGCCACGGUCUUGUAUACGCCCGCCAGUCCCACGGCCAAGAUACCCGGCGCGCUGGGUGGCCUUCUCAUCGGGGGCGCACAGCUCGUUUCUAUCCUCACGCGGAGGACCAUGGUGGGCAUCUCGGGCUCGUACGAGGAGGUGGGCAAUUUCUUCUGGUGGCUCGUCCGGGGAGCCGACCCCAAUGCCAAGCCCUCCUCGUACCAGAACAUCUUGUUUGCCUCUUGGGUGGCAGCCGGCGCAUGGGGUCUUUUGAGGCUGGUCCCGGGGUUGGCGUCUGGCCCUGCGUACGAGAUGUCACCGCUGUUGGCCGUGUCAGGCGGUGUGUUGAUGGCUGUUGGGUCGAGAAUGGCGGGCGGGUGCACCUCGGGGCACGGCAUCAGUGGUAUUUCUCUGUUGUCUGCGUCGAGUAUCGUCACCAUCAUGACUCUACAGCACAAGUCCAUUCCAUCCCGUUACGGAAAUAAAGUUUUGCCCUAUUUCUUGAUUCCACAUCCCUUCUUCGCCGUCACUUCAACCUCAAUCUUCAUUUCCUCCUUCAUUAGCGCAGACUGGAUCAUCAUGGCCGCAGGCUUGACAUCUCCAAACCACUUCCUCAACACCGGCCAGGUCUUGGGGAAGUCGUCACGAUCCGGCAAGAUGUAUUGGACACGAACGACGUCCGUCAUGCAAGAACCAGCUUCCGUCAAUGCUUUGUCGACAUUGCGCAGGGUUUGCUCCGCUUGCUCUGCUACAUUAUCUGAUAUUUCGCCCGUUUGGUAG